UCAACGCACGGCGGCCAAUUGGAUCGAGCAUGGGAUCAUCAGGGGGCGGUGUCAGAGUAAGAGCAGGAAGGAGGCGCGAGUUAGCACGCGGGUGUGGCGGGAAAAUGCAACGUGUGCGUUACUAUGGUGACGCCCAGCCCUGAAUGUCUAUGUAAUAAUCUCAAGUGGAAUAAUCAGCUCCAUCUGUGGAUCUUUUAAAAUGUGUCAGUGAGUAAUGAGUACAGCUACUAGGUGAUCUGGAAAACGUGAAAUGUGUGGAGUCCUGAGUACCGAGUUUGAGAACCACUGCGGUAAAGAAACAACACAUGCCUCCAGUGCUGCCAGCAUUAUAUACCACUGUGUCCAAAUAGCGCCUCUGUUUUGCAUCAUAGAGCAUGGAAAACCUACAACUCUCCUUGAUGAUAGUAAGACAUGACUGAAAGCUACAUAAGGAAGAUAGCAAAGCCACCAUGCCUCUAAUUCCAGACCUCACCAAGAUCGGACUCAUCCUGUGCGGAGUAUCUCUGUUCUCCGGAUAUGAGGGGAAACCUGUAACGAGACGGGCGGUCAGCGAGAUGCAGCUGAUGCAUAAUUACGGGGAUUUCAGGCACACGUUGCAGAGACAGGACUGGUUGCAGCAGAAGCUACAGAUCUUGUACCCCGCUUCCAUCAGCACCCCACAGGAAUCGACGCCCAAGGACGCCGAGAGCAAGCCACAAAAGCCUCACAAGAAAGACAACUUGGUGGAGAACCGCACUAAUAACACGGCUCAUCAAAACCAGCAAACAAACGUCAGGAAAUCGCACAGACAUGGGGCAAAGAACCACACAGACAAUUCCUUAAAGCCGGAUUUUCAGUGACGGACCCAGCGCCUGCGAAUCCUGCUCAUCAGUCGCUUGUAGCACCAACGGAGGCUUGGGACUGUUAGUUCUGAGCUACUAUACAGAGAGUUACAGUGUACUGGGAGCCAGUGAUAGCUAAUGGAUGAUUACGGGGCCCAUUUAUCAAUGAUCACAUUUGCAUUGGGAUCUGGGUGUGAUAUUAGCAUCCAGAAUUGCAAUGCAAUAUGCAAUUAUACCAUCAGGAUGUAAUAAGGAGCAAAUGCAGGGACAAGAGCUCAAAAAGAAGCCAGUCCCUACUAUGUACUCGGAGUGGAAGUAGGAUGCAUAUAGGGGUAAUUCACAGUUGAUCGCAGCAGCAAAUUUGUUAGCAAAACCAUGUGCACUGCAGGUGAGGCGGAUGUAACAUGUGCAGAGAGAGAGUUAGAUUUGGGUGGGUUAUAUUGUUUCUGUGCAGGGUAAAUACUGGCUGCUUUAUUUUUACACUGCAAUUUAGAUUCAGUUUGAACACACCCCACCCAAAUCUAACUCUCUCUGCACAUGUUACAUCUGCCCCACCUGCAGUGCAGCAUGGUUUUGCCCAACUGCUAACAAAUUUGCUGCUGCGAUCAACUCUGAAUAUGGAGGUCAUUCCGACCUGAUCGCACACUAGCUAUUUUGUGCAGCUCUGCAAUCCGGACAAAACUCAGCAAAACUGCGCAUGCGUAUGCAACGCAAUGUGCAGGCGGGUCAUGCGGGUACAAAGCGGAUCGUUGUUGGGCGAUGGAUUUAAUGAAGAAUCGUACAGCUGAUCGCAAGAAGAUUGACAGGAAGAGGGCGUUUAUGGGUGUCAACUGACCGUUUUCAGGGAGUGGUUGGAAAAACGCAGGCGUGUCCAAGCGUUUGUAGGGCGCGUGUCUGACGUCAAUUCCGGGACCGGACAGGCUGAAGUGAUCGCAGCAGAUGAGUAAGUUCAGAGCUACUCAGAAACUGCACAAACUGUUUUUGUACUGUUCGGCUACACAUGCGAUCUCACAUUUGCAAAGCGAAAAUACACUCCCCCGUGGGCGGCGACUAUCUGAUCGCAGCGCUGCAAAAAAUAGCUAGCGAGCCAUCAACUCGGAAUGACCCCCUUAGGCCCAUGGCCUGCUGACCACACAUGUACAACAGCCAUUGCCAGGUAUUGCAUCCUCAUAGAGCCCUUGGAGGGUUGCGGCUGCAGUCGGGAAUGAGGGAAUUGCAGCAGAUAUUGGAGAUACAUGGGGGUGAUACUAUUGAUAAAUGGGCCCCUAAAAAGAAUAUACAUUCUAAUAAAAAUAUAAAAAACCCCAUCAGGGACAGUAAAAUGCAGAGACCAAACUCACUACUUGCUAAUCCCCGAUCUUACAGAGCUGCUAGAAGUGUUUUUCAUCUGCACUGUUUAGAAGUGUAGAAAAGUGUAUAUAAUUGGGGUUAUGUAUAAAAUACUAGUAUCCUUAUAUAAGAAAAGUACUGAUAACAUUCACAAAAAUACAUGCAGAAAUCCCGAUACUUUGGUAGGACUAGCAGUGUCUGCCUUUCCAUUUCCUGCACUGUGAAUGGUUAUUAUUCUCUGUUAUCAGCCAUUUUCUGUGACGGGUGGCUAGACGGUCACUGCAACGUUCUACAAUGGAAUUAAGACAGGAAGUUUACUGUGUAAAGCUGACAAGCCAUCGGUGGGGCUCUGCGGUCACCUUAAGGUGCUGCGCAAUAUCUCGGCGCUCUAUGAAUAAAGCAUAUUAAGAAUCACAUGACCACGUUUCCCAACAGGCACAAUAAUAAUAGGAUGGGUUUCAGCAUCGCAGUAACUUCAGCCAUAUCUCAGCAUGUGUGGCCAGCUUCCCAUGUAUUUUGUGAAUAGUAUCAGUAAGACAACUUAUGUAUAAGGAUUAGUGAUACUUUAAACAAAACAAACGAUCAACAUUGUUAUAGUGUUGGAACAUUAUCGUAUCUAAAUGUCACAAAUAGUAUCUUAUUCACAAACGUGUUUAACCACUCAACUGACAUGGCCAGAGAUCUGUUCUCAGAUGUUCAUAAUAAAAUGUUUAAAUAUUUAAAAAAAAUACUUUUUAAACUAAAAACGGAAAAAAAAAAAAAAAAAACAAUGUUAUGAACAGUGUUGAAGGAAAAGAUUGUCAGUUAAGUGGUUAAUUCAGCUGCAAAUUAUUUUUCAGGCUGUAGCAGACCAGGGGCCGGAUGUACUGGCUUGCGAGACGGCCGUAGCUUCUAGACUCCAGACGAGCCUGUACGUUUUUUUUUUUAAAGCAGCAAACGUUU